AGAGAAUCAGCAAGCUUGCAAGGUACACCGGGUUGAUAUUUCACCACUUUUAUUUUGCUGUUGACAGAGGAAUUUUUCCUCGGGAAAUUGUGAUAAAAUCCUGGUAAACAGCAAAAAGUAGUCAUCCCCUUCACUAGAAUCCCUUCCCAAGAAUCAUGGUGAUCAAGUUAUUGAUAAAAUCCGGACUGUUUUAUGGUGCAGUCAAGUACAGCAUCAAUCAGGGAGUCUGGGGAUCUAGUGUAAGAACAACACAGCUAUACAAUGACAUAGGCGAGGGCCUGAGUCCUCAUUGGACGGAAGUAAAAAAUAAAAUCCCGCUGGAACUUCCUCUGCUUCCAUCAACUGGUGAGGCAUGCUUCGUGGCCAAGUAUUACUACAACCAGGGCGUCAAGGGGACCUUCAACUUCCUUCACCGACUGCCCUGUCACAUUGGUCAGUUGGCCAAGAAAGCCAAGGACGCUGUUGGAAGUGCCUUCUCAUCUUUUGAGGAAGCCCCAGCCCCUGCUGCAGCUCCAGUCAAGGACAAGUAGUAUCAAUUCUCACGAUGUUAGGCGCAAUAAAUCCCUUAAACGAAUCAA